AUGCCUUUAUUAGAUAUUGCUAUUUCACAGCCGUGGUCUUGUUACAGCAACAAUAGAUUAACGAUUAGGUCCCAUGCCGGUAAUAAAUAUUUAAUCAGCGAGAAGAGAGGAUUGCAUUUGGCGUCUGCAUUUUCAUGGAAAACCGUUUGUGAUGCGAAACGAUGGGGAAAGCAUUAUGCCUUGGAGACAAAUAAGGUACGGUGGAGCAUGUUAAGGAUAAAGGCAUUUGCAACACUUGAAACAACGAGUGUGCCUAAGAACAACGGUGCAAAAGGCUGUCAAAGUGUGUUGAGAAUGGAUAUGGAUUCAGUUGGGUCGAAUUCCUCUGAUUCCCAGAUGGAAUCUUCAAGUGAAGAUUCGACAGAACUGGAUGAGAGGGAAAGGUUGAGAAGGAUGAAGAUUUCAGAAGCGAACAAAGGAAAAACACCAUGGAAUAAAGGGAGGACAGAACUGGAUGAGAGGGAAAAGUUGAGACGGAUGAAGAUUUCGGAAGCAAACAGAGGAAAAAGAGCAUGGAACAAAGGGAGGAAACAUAGCCCAGAAACAUUGCAGAAAAUCAAAGAGAGAACCUGGGUAGCAAUGCAAGAUCCUAAGGUCAAGAUGAAGCUUCUUACAGUGAGGGAUCCUCGAAGUAAGGAAACAAAGAUCAAAAUUGGAGUGGGGGUCCGGCUCGGCUGGGAAAGGCGACGCCAGAAGCUGAUGGUGCAAGAGACUUGCCACCACGAGUGGCAGAAUCUAAUUGCGUUGGCUGCCAAAGGGGGCCUUUCAGGAGAGAAGGAACUACAAUGGGACUCUUACCAAAUCUUGAACGAAGAAUUCGUCGGGGAGUGGCUCAAGAGCACUAAGCAGAAGAAAAGCGCACCAAAGGCAAGGAUUAAGGGGAACAUGCGGGCGCCCAAGUCGGCCGAGCAUAAGAGGAAGAUUGCUGAGGCCAUAGCGGCCAAGUGGGCGGAUCCUGUGAGCUUUUUAUUUCUAUGCAUUGAAUUUUGUUUUUGUGUUGACAUAUAUUGUGGUGAUGAUUUGAAAAGCUACACCCUUGAUAUUUAG